CAAUUGGUGAUUUCCGCAGCCCAACAACAAGAUAUCGUCGUGGUCAUCGAUAUUCCUGGCAAGUCCAAGCCGUGGUAGGGCUCCUGUUUGUCUUCCUGAUUGUUCUACUGGUUACUCUGUGCUACGUGCUGUUCACUUUUCUCACAGCUGCACCUGCACCAACGACGCACGCUUCGCCGAUGGUCACAGAGGAGACAACUACAUACGAUACUAGUGAGGUUACCUCAGACUUUACCACGCCUCCUUCUGGUCCUGUUUCUCCUCCGCGUCCUCCUCCGCGUCCUCCUCCGCAUCCUCCUCCGCCUUCUUCUCCACCUCCCCUGCUUCCUGCUCCCCCUCCACCUCCACUUCCACCGCCACCUCCUCCUCCGCUUCCCCCACCUCCUCCGCGUCCCCGGCCUCCUCCACCGCCUCCCCCACCUCCACCACCUCCUCUGCAUCCCCACCCUCAACCCCGACCUCGACCCCCGCCUUCUCCUCGGCCUCUUCCUUCACCUACUUCCCCACCUCCACCACCUCCUCCACCUCCCGCGUUUAUCCCACCUCCUUCACCUAUGCCUCCACCACCUCCUCCACCUCCCGCGUUUAUCCCACCUCCUUCGCGUAUGCCUCCACCUCCUCCCCCGCCACCUCCUCCUCCUCCACCUCCACCACCUUCUCCGCGUCCACGGCCACGUCCCCAGCCUCAUCCACUACGUCCUCCUCCCUCACCUCCACCCUACGCCAACUCCACCUCCACCUCAACUCCUCCUCCACCGCCUCCUACACGUCCCCGGCCUCGUCAACCGCGUCCUCCUCCACCUCCCCCACCUCCCCCGACUCCUUCACCCUACGCCAACUCCACCUCCACCUCAACUCCACCUCCACCGCCUCCUCCGCGUCCCCGGCCUCAUCCACCUAUACCCCCACCUCCCCCGCCUCCUCCACCUCCCGUGUAUCCCCCACCUCCCGCACCUCCUUCUCCCCCGCCUCCAGCUCCCUCAACUACACCUCCUCCCUCACUUCCUCCUACGCCUACGCCGCUUCCUGUGACUACUUCGAGUUCCACGCCUACCACUGUUAAAUCGCACGCCAUGGGCAUGAGGCCGCUAUUUUGCACGUUCGGCGUCCACAAGCAGGACUACACGAAGAUCGACGUGGGUCCCUGCGACUAUGCCUUCAUCCCUUUCUACGCGCGUGGCAAGGACACGUUCAUUGACGACAGCGACCCGGUCACCACGAGUUUGAUCAACAGGGCGGCCACGUCGGCGAAGACGUCCUUCGUCAUCAGCGUCCCCAGCGCGAGCCACUCGAAAGUCAUGGCAGAUGUCACCAGCCUCGCUGGCAAAAAGAAGGUGGAGCUUUACUGGACGAAAAUGAACAUCUACCAUUAUGCGGUUUUCGACAUCGGCGUCAUGAAAAAUGAAACUGGCCAAGAAAAGACGAUCGUGGAAGCAGCGUUCAAUUUACUGAGGGAAUUCAGAAAUCUGCAGCAGGCUCUCAAGAAAAGCAAUCCAUCACAGCCGAACCCCGAUCGCGGUUUUAUCGUGGCGAGCUUCUACCUAUGGCCAGGCGCCGAAACUACCCCGCUUACGGUGUUCACCGAAAACGUUGUGAGACUCCCUCUGGACGCCAUCAUUAUCCUGACGCACCUGACGGUCGACGAACACGAGGCGGGUCUGCCGUGUGUGAUCACGGGAGGGGCGCCUUACAGCGUGCCGAAAGUUACAAACAUUUUGGGCAUGCAAGUUAUUAUGGAAAGAAUGGUGAAGCAGCAACAGUGGGUCACGAACACCACCUUAACCGUGUCUGUGUCCCUCUGCACACGCGUCUACAUGCCAGUAAAGAGGACUACUGACCUGAACGAGAAGUGCGUCGACCACAUGCACCGCCCCAACACCACGGCUGCCUUCUGCAUUGACUCUGCGGCAAUCUACGCCAAUCCCAUCACCCUCAGGGGCACUCACAUCACGGUGAAGUGCUCGAGCGGCGGCAGAGCACCUCUGGUUUCGACAUUUGAUACAAAUGAAACCGUCAGCAGCAAGUACUGCAAACUCAGAAAAGGAUUUCCGGACCUUGAAUUCGGCUUGUCCCUUUUCGACUUGGAAUGCGAGGACUGGGCGAACAGCUGCAACGAUAUGAAUACACCGAUGCCUGGCACGCAGAGGUUCAAGGACAUGACCGCACACUUUUUCAAUUUGAGGAACAAGAGUUCACGCGGACUGCCUGCGUGUUUUUGACGAUCGCCGACUGCAUGACCAUCGACAUGUUCAGUGUGUGGCGAAUAACCAGCUGUUCUUCGUGGCUAGGCAACCCCAUAGACUAAUCAUAUAGUACGAACAUUACCGUGUACUAUACGUGCGUGUAACGUAAGCGCGUCAUACAGUGCGCUCUUCGUUGCCAGUACGUCAAACUUGACGAAUGUUUGCGCUGAACUAGCGCAAACAGGUGUGAAUUAGCGAGGCAUAGAAAGUUUGGUUUAUUAAUUAUAUUCAACUGGUGCAUUGCCGUA